CCUCUUUAUCUAAUCUCUGGUUUAUGUAGCCGCUUGUCCCGCUGUGACUGGGUCGAGUGUGUGUCUGCUCUCAAUCCUGCAGUAACGGUACUUUAUAUUAUCUGUAUACAGGUUUUAUUUCUCCUAUACAUCUGCCGCUGUGGAGGAUCUACAGCUGCUCUGUUCACAGCAUUUGUUUUGACUGAGCAGCCAGGAUCCUCCUGAGCUUUGAGGUCAGAGGUCAAAGAGCCAUGGGAAGCAGGAGGGUGCUGGUGACUGGGUGCUCCUCUGGCAUCGGCUUGGCUCUGGCUGCUCGGCUGGCCAAGGAUGAGCUCAGACGGUUUAAAGUGGUGGCCACGAUGAGGGAUCUUGGGAAACGGGGGCCCUUGGAGGAAGCGGCAGGUGACUCCUUAAACAAAACCCUGGAAAUCAAACAGCUGGAUGCUUGUUGUGAGGCCUCCAUCAGAGAGUGUGUCAACAGCCUGCCGGACAGACGGGUGGACGUCCUCGUGAACAACGCUGGCGUCGGCAUGAUCGGACCGCUGGAGUGCCAAAGCAUCGACGCCAUGAAGGAGCUCUUUGACACGAACUUCUUCGGCCUGGCGCGGCUGGUGAAGGAGCUGCUGCCUGACAUGAAGCGGAGGCAGAGCGGCCACAUUGUGGUGAUGAGCAGCGUCAUGGGCAUACAGGGGCUUCUGUUCAACGACGUCUACUCGGCCUCCAAGUUUGCUGUGGAAGGAUUUUGUGAAAGUCUGGCGGUGCAAGCAAUGAAGUUUAACAUCAAGACGACUCUAGUGGAGCCUGGCCCCGUGGUGACAGAGUUUGAAAGGAAAGUGUACGAGGACGCCGAGAAGAUGGAUCUAUCAGGGACAGACGAGGAGACCGCCAAAAUCUUCCGUGAAGUUUACCUGCCGUACUCCAAAAAGGUCUUCGCAGCAUUAGGCCAGACUCCAGAGGAAGUGGCUGAGCAAACUAUUAAAGUGAUCACAGCCAAGCAGCCUCCUCUGCGCCACCAGACCAACCGCCUAUACACGCCCAUGACUGCACUGAAGCACGCAGAUCCGACCGGUCGACUGCCUCUGGACACUUUCUAUAAGAUGAUCUUUAAACACGACAGCGUGUUCAAUGCUACUCUCGCAGUGCUGCGCAUUCUGCAGAGGAGGGCCGGGAAGAAAUAAAGAUUUUACUGUCAUUUUGCA